AUAGAAGGUGAUAAGCAACUUUAGUUAAACACAGAAGUCACCCUUCAUAACGGCAAGAAAGCAACAAUGAAGUCUCUCCGAUUCCUUAGCGCUGAAGCAUUCGUGUCAAAUGCAGACUUUGCAAGGAAGAGUCUCAGCAGUGUUGCCCAUAAUCUUUUUCCUCUUCUUUUUAAAGCAAGCUAUUUAUUAGAGCAAGGGGAAGUGAUUCAUGACUUGGUAAAGAACUGGCCGCUUGUCGACUUUAACAUGGGAAAACUUCUGGGAACUACUAUGGACUACCAGGAAGACCUGAGCCACAGAACAUGCUCAGUGUGCUUGGAAAGCUGUCUUACAGGGCUGAGAGACUAUGUCCUGCAUCAUCCUUCUCCCUAUGUGAAAAGGUUGAAACUAGUGGACCUGACAGGUAUAAAAGAUGUUGAAGUUCAAUUUUGUGACUGUAAGAAGCCAAUGGGGAGGUGGGCCAGGACAGAGUUGCUCUCUAAGCUUUGUUUAGAACUGCUGGUUCACCUGCAACAAAUGCAAUGCAAGCCAUGUACCUUUAAAAUCAGUAUUGAUGUGCUAGUUGACUUGUUUGUUACGGAACGCAACUAUGAGCUGGUAGUGCAGGCCCUGUUGCAGAAAUGUUAUUGUCCACUGAAGAUCUGCUGUGUUGCAUUCAGAGCUGACAACUUGGCUUUGCAGAAAUUCUUCUAUAUCAUAAAGCUCACUGACCCCUCUUUGUUGCGCAAACUGGAAGUAGUUCACAAUGUUCGCCUGGAAAUGGAACACUUGGAAAUACUCUUCAACAGCAUCCACUUCCCUCUGCUGAUGUCCUUGACCCUGCCAGCACGAACAUUUAAUGUGCUGAGACACACAGCUUCAGAUGAACUGAUGCUUACCACAAUUGGAGAAAAGAUGGGUGAAAUGACACAACUGACUGAGCUGAGUCUGGCUUUUUCUAUACUCACAGGAAGAAUACAGAAACUGCUCAGCCCACUAAAAACUCCGCUGAAGAUGCUGGAUGUUUCUAACUGCUCAUUGAACCAUGAUGAUAUGGCCUAUUUAGCCAAUAGCUUACAUUCUUAUCACUUGGAAGUCCUGGACCUGAGUGGGCAUGAUAUACCUGGCCUUUACCCAUCAACAUUCUUCAAACUUCUUAGCCAUUCCUCUUCAGUGCUUAGGAGUCUUAUCUUGGAGGACUGUAAUAUCCAAGAUAGUCAUGUCAACAUGCUGAUUUUAGGCUUAAGCCCUUGUCAUAAACUACAGGACUUUAAAUUUCUUGGAAACCCACUGUCAUCUGAAGCACUUAAACACCUUUUCGCAUUUCUCUGUGAAUUGCCAAUGCUGAAAAAUGUGGAGUUUCCAGUUCCAAUGGACUGUUACCCUAUUGGCAUCAGCUAUCCAAUUGAUGAUGCCAGUCUCUGCAGAUUUGAUCACCAAAAAUAUGAAAAAAUAGCAGAGGAGCUUAAUCUCAUUUUACUCCAAGGAAAUCGUGAGGAUGUGAAGGCUUCAACUCCACUCUUUGGCAGUUAUGAUGCAGCUGUUCAGGAGACAAAUGAAGAAUUGGGAGCCUAUUUGAUUAUGUCCUUUAAGGAGACUUUAGAAAAGUUCACUGCUUCUCUUAGCAAAAUGAGUUAAAGUUAUAACACAGUGGUGAUCAGAUGUUCUGCCGAAUCAGAAGCAAGUUUAGUCUUUACUGGAAAUGUGGCCUUCAUUGAUCAGUUUUGAGCUUUCUUUAAUUUCUUUAAUUUCUGGACUGAAUUUACUUCUGUUUUAAUAUCUUCUGCUCAUUUGAGUUAUUUUAAUUAUGCUAUUUCAUACCACUUACAUAAAAUACUGCUUCAUCUCAAAAGAAGGGAAGAUCCUUAAUAGCUUAUCUUUUUACACAAAAGCACUUAAGCACUUUGUUUCUUAGUAAAACAAGAGGUGUCUAAGCUUGGCUGACUUCCACAGUUUUCUCUGAUUUGGCAGUGAGGCUUACAGCCCAACAGAAAAGAAGAGUGACAUUUAUUUGGCAAGCCCCUGUGCAAGAAAUGUAUUUGAGUGACUGUACACAGCAUCCCAGACCCCUCAACAAACUGUAUUAGAAUGUGGAUAAAGUGGCUAAUGGAGUGUCAGAAUGCAGCAGUAGGGCCACAAAAACACAUCUAGGGAACGUACUAUAAAAGAGGAGGAAACUCUGGGCAAGUGUCAUAGUCUACUCAACUUCUCACCUGUAACUCUGCAGAUGGGCCAAAGAGAAAGAUACUAGCAAAUCUUCUACAUCUGCUGAAAGCCAGUCAAAUCUAUCAGAAUCCAAACUGGA